UCAGGAUUGGCCUGAGGGGAUUUUGGGAUGUAAGGAGACAUCCUAUUUCCUCAAGGGAACUCUUCCUUCCAGGCAUUUGGUGGAGUAGGGUGUAGCCUGAAUAGGAUAUCAAAGUGUAGGUCCCAAAACAGGGAAGCACAGCCUUGAAGCUCUUCAGUUUGCCUGUGGGUUCUCCAGAGACCUGAGUUCUGAGCACUCAGCCAACUUCAUCACAGCUGAUUUGCUGCCUGAGGAAAUUCCAGAUGAACUACAAAAAGCCAUCCAGUCUCUUAAAACUGACCAUUAAGAGUCUUUUAAGGGAUGAGAACUUGGCCAUCUCUUCCCUGAGGAGUCUGCCUGGAGAGCUCUUCCCAAGUCUCUUUGAGGAAGCUUACUUUGAAAGAUGCUGGAAUAUCCUGAAGGCUCUUGUCCAGAGCUGGCCCUUUGCUAGACUGCCUCUGGGGGAUCUGCGUGAAUACCCUGCAGAUGAAGCUUUGAAAGCUCUCCUGGAUGGAAUUGAUGUCCUCCUUCAGCAGGAAGUUCUCCCCAGGUGUAAGCUCCGGGUGUUGGAUUUACACUUCAAUGGAGAGAAGUUCUGGAGUGUGUGGACUGGAGUCGACGAUACAGUGCACUCAGUAAGGAGACAACUAGUGGCUGAUGGACCUUCAAGGAAUGAGAAGGGAAGGCCCUCCAUGGAGGUGUGUGCAGACCUCAUCCUCAGUCAGUGUCAAGACAAUCACUUUUGCACCUACAUACUGAAGUGGAUCAAGAAGAGAAAGGGAGUGCACCUUUGUUGUAAGAAAGUGACAAUAUAUUCACUGAACAGAGAGAAUGUCAAGCUUUUACAGAGCAUCUCAUUGUGUGAUGUCGAGGAACUGGACAUUAAUUGGAUAUGGACUACCCCAGAACCACAAAAGUUGUGGCCAUUUCUGGGCAGGAUGAAAAACCUCAGGAGACUCUGUCUGAACAUCAACAUACUUGAUGCAAUCCCUUCAAACGAGCUGGAGAACCAGGAUCAUCCCAUCACCGAAUUUAGAUCUGAGUUCCUCCACCUACUUUAUCUUCAACAGCUGUACUUAGAAUCUGUCUCCUUCCUUCAGGGCCAUCUGGAAAAGCUGCUCAGGAGUCUUCAAACCCAGCUGGAGGUCUUCUCACUCAUUGACUGCACAGUAACAGAAAGAGACUUGGCUCACCUGUUCCAGAGCCCACACAUCCGGCAGCUGAAGGAACUGUGUCUGAGAGGCAUCCCCCUGACCUCUGUCAGUGAGCCCCUGGGAGCUCUGCUGGAGGUAAAUGCAGCCACCCUGCAGGACCUGGACCUGAGUCUGUGUGGCCUCCAGGACCCCCAGCUUGAGGCCCUGCUCCCUGCCCUGAGCAUCUGCUCCCAGCUCAGGUCUCUCAACCUGCAUGGGAACCGCCUGUCCAUGGCCAUCCUGGAGAAGCUGCUGCACUGCACCACGGGGCUGCAGCAUUUGUGUCUCCAGCUGUUUCCUGCCCCUCUGGAGAGUUCAAACCCCCAGGGAGUUCCACAGUCUUGGGUAUUAGACUUGCUUUGUACUCAGAUCUCAAACAUUCUCCAGCAUCUUGGAUACUCCAGGUCCAUCAUGAUGAGCAGUUGUCAUUGCUCACACUGUGCUAGGAAGGAGUUCAGAAACUGGGAGCCCACAUUUAUUCCCUGCUCACAUCUGUAUGAAACUCAUUAUGGAGAACUUAAAGCCAUCGUUAUACCUUUCAGAAUCAUUAGAAGUGGCAUCUAG